CCUUCCUUCCCGUUUCCUCUCCCUCGCGUGAAUCGUGUAAAAAGAGAGGAGAAGAAAAAAGAGUACUACUCCAGUAUAGUAACAGCGUAAAUCCCGUUCCCUUGGCCCUUGGGCCUCGCCGCCUCGACUCCCGUCUCCUCGCCCGGCCGGCGGCCGCCCGUCGCCUGCGCCGAUCUACAACCCGCGAGCAGCGGUCCCACUGCUUCCGCCGCCGGUGGCGGUGAGGUGCAUCAUUGCUUCCAGCUUAUAUCAUCUAGUUCUCCCGUUUGUACCUUGAGGGGACAACAAUGUCAGUCUCAACUGCUGCGGUUCCAACCGCAAAUACAAAUGGGAACCACGCGUUGAGUAUGGACUCACAUUCCAGCCAAGAUGUUAGGCGGCGGACGGUAGUUGUUGCAAGGAAGAAAGCCUCACCUGAGCUCCUUGCUGAUGGUGGAUUCAAUGGUACCUCAUCAGUUGAUAAGAUCACUGACAAGAAGGAUCUUAGUCAUACUAUCCGUGGAGAGUCAGUUCUUGGCAAAUCAAAGUAUCCAUUGGAGGCAAGAAAAGAUGCAAUUGCCUCUGCAGCUGCUGCUGACCGUCAAAAGAAGAGUGGUGCUAAGCAAGAAAAGGCCAAGUGGGAAAUCGCUCUAAGUGUGUUGAUGAAACUUUGCCUUCUCAUUUCGGCUGUCGCUUGGAUGGGGCAGCUGUUCUGGAGAUGGCAAAAUGGUGAUUUAUCAUUUACAACACUGGAUAUGGAGAGCAGGCUGUCCAAAGUGGAAGGGUUCAAGAAGACAACCAAGAUGCUUCAGGUACAGCUGGAUAUUUUAGACAAGAAGCUAGGAAAUGAGAUUGACAAAACAAGGAGGGACAUCACGAAGCAAUUCGAAGACAAGGGUAAUAAGCUGGAGAUUAAGAUGAAGGCACUAGAAGGCAAGACUGACAAAUUAGAUAAAUCACUUGCUGAGCUUAGGGACAUGGGUUUUGUUUCUAAAAAAGAAUUUGAUGAGAUUGUGGAACAGUUGAAGAAAAAGAAGGGUUUGGAUGGUACUGUUGGCGACAUAAGCUUGGAUGAUAUUAGGUUAUUUGCCAAGGAGAUAGUUGAGAUGGAGAUAGAGAGGCAUGCAGCAGAUGGCCUUGGAAUGGUGGAUUAUGCAUUAGCAUCUGGUGGGGGUAAAGUGGUUAAGCAUUCGGAAGCUUUCAGGAAAGCUAAGAGCUUUAUGCCUAGUCGUAAUAGUUUGCUUGAACAAGCUAAGAAAAUGCUGGAGCCAAGUUUUGGCCAGCCUGGAGAGUGCUUUGCACUACAAGGAAGUAGUGGUUAUGUGGAGAUCAAGCUGAGGACAGGAAUAAUUCCUGAAGCAGUAAGUCUAGAGCAUGUGGACAAGAGUGUAGCUUAUGAUCGAUCUAGUGCUCCGAAGGAUUUCCAGGUCAGUGGAUGGUAUGAAGGACCAGAGGAUGAUUCAGACAAGGAAUCACGUGUGGUGACAAAUCUAGGAGAGUUUUCUUAUGACCUUGAGAAGAACAAUGCACAGACCUUCCAACUGGAGAGAACCGCAGAUUCACGAGUCAUCAACAUGGUUCGGCUUGACUUCUGCUCAAACCAUGGAAAUUCAGAACUGACAUGCAUCUAUCGCUUCAGGGUGCAUGGUAGAGAACCUGGCUCUCCUUAAGCUGCUGCAGUGAAAGCCUGAUCUGAGAGCUGCAUGCCUGAGUUUGACAACAUCCUCAGGCUUCAAUAUACCCAGUAAGACAAUGAUUCUAGUCCACUGGAUUGACUGUUAGAAGAUAGAAGUGUGGUGCGGCUCCAUCUGACUCAGGUUGAUUUUACUCUGUAUCAUAAUGCCAUGAAAAUAUGCUGACUCGCAGUUCUGCUAGCUAGAUGUCACACUUGUUUGUAUCUGCUCACUCUGAUAGUCUGAUUGCUCUUUGGUAUGGUUGUAUUGUAAUUGGUAGCUAUCCUGUUAUUUACAACUUUAGUUUAUUGGGGUGUAUUCA